CACCCAGACAUCAAGCUCGAGUUCAAGUACACUCAUUCUAGUAGCGACCUUCGUUCGAUGAUUCCGAUCCCGGUAUAAUCCUGGUUGUCCCGACUACACCUCCUAACCAAAAACCAUGACACCGAUACCAGGCAAGCAAUUUGCGGUUGGGUCCUUGGAUGCAGAUCUUCAAGCUCAAGCUCAUAUCUCCUCUUUGGCUUGUCAGCCUGUACCCAUUACCACCCUGGACCGAAGCCGCCAACCUAAAGGGCAGAGACGACCGAUUCGUGAGGUCUUCGGCGGAGUUCCGAUAGCCUUUGGUCCAAUUUUGUUUUGCUACGACUGGGACCGUGGAGAGGAAGCGGACGAGGAUUACAAGACUCCUCCCCUUGAAGAAAUGGUGAAAGCGAAGUUAUGAUUGAGAUUAAUUUAUCAUUAUCGUUAUGAAUUUGUUCAAGUGCAUUUCUGGC